GCCAUGUUCUUCAUUGGUUCCUAGCUGGAGAAAUCGAUUUUUUUGGGGGGGGGCAUGCUUCUCCUUCAAUUUCACCCUCGCUCGACUAUGUGGUAACUCCACUCAUUCGAUUCUUCAUCUUGAGAGUGGUCUGCUUCUGUGGUCCAAAGAACGUUACUAAAGGAGGGAUGCACGUCGUUUGAACAAGUCAAUUGAAUCUACAGCUUCAUUGUGAAGCUUGACAGUAAAGGGAGUCAGCUGCACGUUUGAUUGUUUGUCCUCUAAAUUUAUAACGUCUGCGUCGACAUAUUUGGUCUGUUUUUGUCCAGCCAGCGAGGAAGUAGCCUUAAAAAGGAGUAGCCUACGACGGUCCCUGAAAGAAUUUGGGGAAACGCUGCGAAGCGUGCCUCGACAUUCUUACGAUCUGUGAGGUUGUUGACAGGACGUUGGUUCCACUCCGGUUUCAGUGUGUUUGUGAGCCGCUGGAUCCGGUGAGUGAGACCGUUGCCGGGCCUACAAGGGAUGAAACCGGAUGGGGUUGCCAUGGAGCCCACAGAAGCUGUAGGAGCCGAGCCCUCGGCCCAGGGGAUGGCCACUGACGAGAUGCCCGCCCAGCCAGCCCCUUCAACUUCCCCGUCCCCUCCAUCACAGCCCGAAGACACCCAAAACACCACAGAGCAGCCUGAAAGCCAUACAGCACCCCCUGCGUCCAAGGAGGCCAAUGGCAAGGCAGCAYCUGACCCCAAACCCAAAGCUAAGACCGUGGGCUUGGCUAAACCACGGCCAGGCACAGCUGGCACCAAGGCCACAACGGGUCCGGCAUCAGGACCCAGCACUUCUCGUCCGGGCACGGCCCCAAGUCACAUGGCCAAUGGAAUAAAGUCCUCAGCCAGUGACCUGGCCAAGAAAGCAGCUUUGGACAAAAAGAAGACCACAGCCGGAGCACCGGCGUCAGCUGCAGCCACGAAGAGGUCCGUGGGGCCGGCCGCCGCUUCCACUGUCAGGACCCAAACUAAGGUGGCUGACAGGAAGGCUGUCGGAGUCCCCAGGUCCACCUCUGCUACCAGGCCAACCAACGCUACAUGGACUGCGGCGAUGGGUCCUGGCAGUCCAACGAGGAGACCUCCUGCUGCUGGUCCCAUUAAUGGGGCCGGGGCCAGACCCAAAACCACAGCUUCCAGACUUGCAGCUUCAGCUGCCCCCAAGCCUUCCAGCACUUCAGCCACGGCCAAACCCGAUAGGACGACGGUUUCCAAGACAACCAGGCCUGCCACUGGUCACACUGGCCUGUUGAUGGGCACAUCCAAGCCAGGCUCCAGCAGACCUGCAGCUUCCAGAGUUGGCACCGCAGCCCCCUCUACUGGCAGGACUACCACAGUGCAGGCACCCAAACCUACAGGCCCUGCCAAGAAAGUUACAGAUGUCAGCAGACCAGCAACCACUGCCGCAGCCAGAAAGCCGGCAACAUCCGCCACUACCAAAACGACCAAACCUGACCCCCCUAAAGCGACUGCAGCCUCCAGACCCGAGCCUGCCUCCAAAAGGCCCCAUCCCACCAAGGCGYCAGACACCAAGCCAGCCCGCCCUAAAUCACAGGACCCCAAGCCACUGCCCACACGUAAAGCCCCUCCCACCACGCGGCCCCCUGCCACACGACAGCCCCAGGGCAAGACCCCCCCUGCCUCCCCCAGCAACAAGCCCGUGGGCAGCACCAUCUCCCAGUCGGUCAAACAAGCCUCCAAACCAACCCAGUCUGUCCUGCCCUUCACUGCCAGACCUGGAGCUCCCAAGUCUGCAGCCACAUCAGCUGCAGCAGUGGCUGCUACAGCAGCAGCUGCCGUGGCAACAGUUGCCGUGAGAGCCGCAGCAGAGCCAGAAGUGGCAGCUUCAGAAGUCCCAGCACCAGUGUCUGCGUUUUCACCAGCAGUGGCCCUGGAGCCCAGAGAAGAGGUUUCAGCCCCAACUCCUCAGGAUACUACUUCUCCAUCUCCACAACAGAGCCCACUCAGGCUGGCUCCUGCUCCACCACAGGGCUCACUAGUCACUGUUGCCAGGGAUGAGAUAUCUGAACAACCAGAGACCGUCCCAGCAGCCCCGACACAGCCAGCACCAGACCAGACCUUAUCCCAGGACAUCCCCACAGCAGUUGCUAGGGCUACACCCAGCCCUCCGGAUGCCUCAGAGAAAGUUCAGCUCAACAUGGAUGAAGAAGAGGAUGAGGAGAGGGAGGGCAGCCAGCAGGUGUCCGUGUCAGAAAUGAGCGGCACCCAGCCCACAGAAGAGUCCAGGCCUGGCUCAGCCGGCCCUGCGGGCUCGGGGUGGCGCGCAGGCGGCGCUCUGCUAUCGGAGCUGGACUCUGAGGAGGUGAGCUGCAGCCAGCAGGGGGUAUCGGAGCUGAGCGCCCCAGGCGUACUGGAGGGCACGGAGAGCAUGGAUGACCUAGGAGACGCCAGUCUGAAGGGUGCCAUCGACAUGGAGGGCAUGUCUGCCUCGGCCGGCUCGCCUGACUUUGAGAAGGUGCCCGACAUCCCGACCAAUGAUUUUGAUGACUACGAUGAAGACGGAGACCGGGUGUGCGACAUGGAGGUGGGUUCGGAACGGACGGAUGACCCGAGAAGAGUGAGGCAUGACGAGGAUGAGGAUGAUGAAGAUGUGGAGAUGGCUAGUGAGGGGGUGACUGAGAGCGGGCUGGAGAGCUACGGGAAUGCAGACGAGGAUGACUUUGCGGAGGAUGAGAGACUGGACAACCUGAACCGAGCCCCGCCUGCCCCACUACUGCCCUCUGCCCUGGCCGCCCAGUGGGACCAACCCAACCCUAGCUCCUUUUGUGACCCCUGGGCCCAGCCACACCCCCAGGCUGCCUCAGCCGCCCCCCUGCAGACCCCUACCAGCCCCUCUUCAGACCCCUGGCAGGCUGAUAUGGAUACACCCACCCUGUACUCCGCUCAGCCCUGGCUGCAGCUGGUUGCCACACCAUUUGUUCCAGCCCUGCACGAGCCCUCACACCAGCCUGCCCCUGCAUCUCCACUUGAAAAAGAGACCCUAGCCCCGUUGCAGUCCCUGUCCCUCAUAGCUGCCUCCGGACGCGGCAUGUCACACUCCAGCACCCUAAGCGCUACGGAGCUGGCUGUCCACAGCAGCAGCGAGACCAGCACCCCAGAGGAGCUCUAUGACUACAACAGCAGCUCCGGGGUGGAGUCCCGCUCUGAGGGGGGGAAACUCCACACCCUGCCUGCCGCCCUGGUCCCCGUGCUCUCCCUUCAGCCUGAAUUGGAGAACCAGGACCUGGGAAUCCACCUGGAGAGAGAGGACGGAGAGGGGGAGGAGGCAGAGACGCUGCCAGCCAACGAGGUCCCAGGGGACCCCGCCACAGCACCUAUGUCCAACCCCUCGUCCUCCACCACAGAGGAUGAGGCCAGCGACACGGAGGGCGAGGCCCAGCUGGAUGAGCUGGGCCAGGGCAUCCACAACACCACCUUCGACAGCAAGCCCGGCACCCAGCGCUGCCUGUCUGCCCUGGAGGAAGGGGAGGAGACCAGCGGCGGUGCAGAAGAGGGUGGAGACACACCCCAGUCUGCCAACUCGGCGGCAUCCUACGCCUACGACAUGACGGCGUCCAACUCCAAUACCCACUCCACGGCUGAGAGCUGCGCCAAGAGCCCCGGCAUCUUCUCUCUGGAGGAGCUGCCUGAGGAGGCCAAGGACCCGUCGCUCAUCCAGGAGCUGACCCUGCCACCGCCCCAACAGGCUGCCUCGGCAGACUCCCUUCUAGUCUCCAACCCAGAGGAGCAGCAGUACAUGUUGUGUGGGACGCUUGAGGCAGAGCUGGGGGACACGGGGGAUCUGAAACCCCUGGACCCCACGCUGUUUGCGGCCCCCCAACAGCUCGGGGAGGGCCCCCGUGUCACCCAACCGCCCUACUACUCCACUGUCUGUGAAAACACUGAGAACUCUCUCACAGGGCUCAACGCGCUCCCCCAGCCACACUACCGCCGCGACCACCACCCCAACCCCCAUUGUGACCUCUUGACCCCACCCAGGCUGACCUGUGCUGACCUACCCCCCCGGAGCCCUCGCCUGCAGGCCAGCCCCCAGCUCCGCAGACUGGAACAGCACCAGCAACAACUACUAGAGCUGCAGCAACGCAGAGAACAGCAGGGCAAACCCAAAGAAGAAAACGACGAAGAGGCGAGGAAGAAGAGCGAGCAGGAGAAGGAAAUGAAGAAAAGGGAGGCGGAGAAGACGCUGAGGGAGGAGGUGGAGCAGAGACAGCAGAUCAUGCAGUGGCAGCAGGAGCUGGAGGAGCAGGCACAGCAGACAUCACCGCAACAGCCCCAAAAAGGUCAGGCAACAGUGCUGCUUUCGCCUUCCUCUGGUCUCCAUACCAUUUAUGAAGCCCUGGAGAGUGAUGAAGAGGAGGGGAAGGAAAUUGAGGUUAAUGUCCAGCUCGAACAACGCGAAGAAGCCCCGUUGGAGAAAGAGGUUGACAGUAACAGUGACCGUCGAGAGGUAUUGGACGAAGCCGAUAGCAACUCCACUUCCACUCUCAGUCCCUCUCCAGACUCCCCCGAGCAGGAAGAGUCCCGGGACGCCUCCCCACCCACCGUCUCCCCAGAAUGCCCCCCUCCCCUGGACCUGGACUGGGGGAAGAAAGUUGACAUUGUCCAGCAGCUGAUCAACCAGACCCUGCUGCUGACGGGCGACGGCUGCUCCUCCUUGCUCUUGCUGCCCGGGGGCAGAGGAGGCACCUUGAGCCCCCUGGAGGCCAGCCUGUGGCCCAACCUGCUGCCCCCCCUCACCCCUCCCUCAGCCACGGUCACGUCGGUCAGCAGCUUCUCCCCGGAGGCCCCCGGCCAGUCCCCCCAGGGCGAGUGGACAGUGGUGGAGCUGGAGACACACCACUGAGGGACGUGUGUGUG